AUGAGUUAAAAUACAGAAAAUUUCUUCUAACAUAUGUAUUCAAAAGCUGGAAAAUCAAGCUCUUAAAUAUUUGCUCAUCUGUUAGGAAAGGCUAAUAAAGCCUAAUUUAUAUAAAAAGUAAGCGAUGUUCAUACAAUUACACCUAAUAAAUCUCCUAAAUAAUCAAAUAAAUAAUAACCAUUUAGUCUAGGUUUAUCAAGAGAAUAUUUACAUAAAUUAUAGAAUUAAGGAAAACCUAACUUAUCUAUUGGAGUUUACAAUCCAAAAUAUUCUGUGAUUUAAAAGUAACAUAUAUAACUAUUAAGAAAGUCUGAUUUAGGUGGUAAAUUUGCAAUCGAACAUAAAUCUAUGAUAAAAUAAGGCAAUGAUUCUUAAACUUCAAUUGACUUAAGCAAUAAUUAAUCAAGAAAAACAAAAGGAUUUGUAGAUCUAAAGAGAUAAUUAUCUAGAGAAUAAUCGAAUAGAUAAUAAAAUGCUUCUUAGAAUGCUACAUAAAAUUAGUUUUUAUCUAUUGAUACUAAUUCGAUUAGAGCGUAUAAUAUUAAUUUUAUAAUAAAUUUAGAAGACCUAGAAGUGCUCAUUUUAAAGGGUCUGGACAUUCAUUAAAUAUUAACAAAUACAAUUGUUUUUAAUCUUUUUAUGAUGCUGAUUAUGAAGUUGGGAAAAGAAAGAUAAGUUUUGUUGGAACUAGUUUUGAGAAAUAAACAGUUAGAAAAUCUUUAAUGAAUAAAUCAGUAUGCUUAAGAGAAUAGACAAUUUAUAAAUAUGAUCAAUUUUCAAAUAAAAAUUCAAUAGUUCAUCCAAAUACAAAAAAUAUAAUGAUUGAUUUUAAGAAAAUAUUAGGAAGAACUUAUAAAAAUGAAUAAAGUAUACCUGGUCAUAUGUCAAAAACAAAUAGAAGUAGAAUUAUGAUUGAUACACUUAAUUAAAAAAUGUUAGAACUUAAUGCAUCAUCUUAAUGA